CUUACAUUCCUAUUAAUCAUCUCCUACCAACCACCAUGCCUUCCUUCUCUUCUACCUUCUCCUCUAUCUUCAAGUCCUCCAAGAAGAGGAAUAUUACCAACAAGAACUCCUCCGAUAUUGUGAAAAUGUCAUCCAUUUCUAAGUCUUCUAAUAAGAAGAUCACUACUACUGCAGCCAGUAAUGGCAGGAAUAUCAACAACGUGAAUAAUAAUACCAACAAAAGCGACAAUAAGAUCGCCAAAGACAGCUACAACAAUAUGAACAAUAAGACUUUCAACAUGGCCGAUAAGAGCCCUAACAACAACUAUUACAAUAAUAAAAUCUCCGCCACCACUACUACGAACGCCACCAACAACAAAAACAACAUCGGCAAUGACGACAAUAAAACUGAUAACAACAUCGCCACCAACGAUAUCGAGCCAGUCGACCUCGGUAUACCUCGCAGAGGCCAAUAUAUUACCCGCGAUGGCAUCGACGUCGUGGCAGUCCUUGAGACUUGGCAUCAAAUCUACACCGGAUGGCAGAUCGUCUCUGCUGAGCUAGAGAGAAAGGAGAAGAUGCGCCAACGUCGUCGGUUAUAAACGGAGUUACCCGACAACACAGACAGCAGUCGAGGAGUUGAUUGAUUCUCGGAGAUGGGUGAAACAUAUUAAGGGCCUGAUUGGAUGUUAUUAUAUAUGGGGAUGCUAUUUAUCUAGUGUAGUAGGGAUUUCUGUAGGUUUUCGUCCCCAUGAGGGUUUUCCUGCAGACUUUUAUACCUAUCCACAAGGCAAUGUGGUAUGUGGUAUAGAAGAUAGAAUUAUAAUCCUGAAAAUAAAUAUAAAUGAUUUACAGCCUGCA